AUCACACUGCAAAUCAGUAGCGUUUCUUUAACAGAGCCCAGUGCGGGCAGCCUCACACCCUCUCCAUCCCCGUCGCUCCUCCCUUCCCCAUCCGCUCCAUCCGCUAAUCCGCAUCGUGCUGCCCUUCCCAUGCUCUCUCCUCCUCCGCCCGACUGCCCCCAUGCGCUUUGCCUCCGCAGGGAGGAGGUUCUCCUUCGGGGAUGGCAGUGCCGCGACCGGGGACACGCACGCUGAGCAAGGGAGCGUGGAGAUGGAGGCGGAUCGGGGACGAGAUCGCGCAGAUGGACGCGUGCAUCGCGCGGAGAUGGCGUCGGCCGGGGGCGUUAGCGACGGCGACGGCCUUCUCUCCGGUUUUGGUGGAACUGGAAAAACCUUCCUUUGGAAUUGCAUCCUUUCUAAAUUAAGAUCACAAGGUAAAAUAGUCCUUGCUGUUGCUUCCUGUGGAAUCGCUUCUCUCUUGCUUUGUGGUGGAAGAACUGCACACUCUAGAUUUCAUAUUCCUAUAGAUAUAAAUGAAACAAGCACAUGUACCAUUUAUCGAGGAACAAACUUAUCUCAACUCAUCAGUAAAACAAGCCUAAUAUUAUGGGAUGAAGCCCCAAUGACACAUAGAUUCUGUUUUGAAGCACUAGAUCGAACUUGAGAGAUAUUCUUUCUGUUGAAGAAGCUACAAAUAGUCAAAAACCAUUUGGAGGCAUGAAUAUAUUGCUAGGGGGUGAUUUUAAGCAAGUUCUUCCGGUAGUUAACCAUGGAAAUGCAACAGAUGCUAUUAAUGCAUCUCUCAUCAGCUCCUCAUUGUGGCAGCAUUUCACAGUUUUUAAACUGACCAUCAAUAUGAGACUUCGGAACCCACAUCUCAAUGAUAGUGAAAAACAAAAAAAUAGCACAAUUUGCAAAAUGGGUGUUGGAUAUCGGCGAAGGCAAAUAUCCUGCUUAUGAUGACAAUAAUGACACUGAUGAAAAAUGGAUACAGAUACCUUCUCAAUUAUUACUUCAACCAAUGGCCAAUAAUAUUGAAGCAAUAACAGAUGUGAUUUAUCACGACUUCUCUACAAACUUUACAUGUAUUAACUAUCUUGCUGAAAGAGCUGUGAUCUGCCCAUUAAAUACCACAGUUGACGUCAUCAAUGAUACAAUGUUAGAGAAGGUCCCUGGAGACAGCAAGAUAUAUCUGAGUUACGACAGCAUAGUCAACUCAAUUGAACAACCAGAUGACUUCCCAAUUCUAUAUCCACCUGAAUUUCUUAAUUCUAUAACAUUAAACAAUUUCUCCCAGCACAGACUUGCCCUAAAGAUUAAUGUUCCAGUUGUCCUGUUAUGUAAUAUUGAUCAGUCAAUCGGACUAUGCAAUGGGACUCGGUUGCUCAUUGUUAAAUUAGGUGACUAUGUGAUUGAAGGAAAAAUAAUAACAGGCUCCCAUAUUGGAGAGCAUGUUUGCAUCCCUAGAGUCGUUUUACAUGGAACCAGUCCAAAAUGGCCAUUUACUCUAGCAAGGCGUCAAUUUCCAAUCAAAGUAUGCUAUGCACUGACCAUUAAUAAAUGCCAAGGUCAGACGCUGCAAAAAGUUGGGAUUUACUUGAAAGGACAUGUAUUCUCUCACGGUCAAUUAUAUGUUGCAGUUUCAAGAGUCACAUCACAAGAAGGCCUGAAGAUAUUAAUCGAAAAUGAAGAUGGAACAUCUGGGACUGCUACAAAGAAUAUUGUCUAUAGGAUGACCUGCAUUCCAUUAAAGGAUAUCAACCAAGGAUCAUACAAAACAAAAAUCUGUGCAAGACUAACAAGGCUUUCUGAAUUUAUCCUUGAUGACAAACCAGAACAAAUACAACGAUUGGACUUUGUGCUACUAGAUGUCGAGGGACAUGCAAUCGAAGCUCAAGUACCCCAGCAACACAUCAGUCGUUUCUUAUCACGUCUUAAAGAAGGAACUGUGUACUUUGUUGAAUUCUUCCAGGUCGUUCCAUGUAGGACCAAUUACCGAGCAGUCAGCCAUACAUACAUGAUUAAAUUCACAUGCCAUACUAGAGUAACUGAAUUCAAUGCUGCGCCUCCAACAUUACCCAAAUAUGCAUAUACUCUAGCAUCAUUUGAUACUCUGAGGACCAGAAUCGACUAUACAGCUGACAUGUCAGACACAAUAGGUCGAAUUGUCUCUGUUGAACCUGCUACAACUGCUUAUGUAAAAGGUCUGAAGAAAGCAAUACGUCACCUUUACAUAUCCGAUGGCCGCGAAUCCAUUGAAGUGGUCCUUUGGAGCCGUCAAGCAACUGAAUUCCCAGCUGAAAAAAUCAUUGAACUGAGUAAAGAAAAACCUAUAAUUUUACUACUCCUUGGUAUCAUUGCCAAAUCACGUGAAGGUCAGCUAAAAAUACAAGGAAGCAUGUCAUGCCAAUACCAUAUCAAUCCUGCAAUCCCAGAAGCAGCAGCUCUCAUAAACAAAUUUACAGGUUUUCCUCAUCAAGUAACAUGGACUGGUGCAGCCACUUCUUCUUCUUCAGAUAUUAUGACUACAUCAGUGACAGAAUUAGCAAAAUUGACCAAUCCACAUGAACUCUAUGGUAACAUAUAUCAAGUUAACGUCGUACUCAGAACAAUAUCACCCAAUCAACCAUGGUGGUACUUAGGCUGCAUAUUAUGCAGAAAAAGAGUAUUCCCAGAAGGUGAAACGUACAGAUGUCCCAAAUGCUCUGGAAAUAAAGCUGAACCUAUGUACCGAAUUGUUUUCAUUGCAGCUGAUCCAGACAACUUCUUGGAAGAUAAUGCACCUACCAUUGAAAUAACAUUCUUUGGAAACAUGGGUCAAGAACUUACAGGCAUCCCGGUGCUCCAAUUAGCAGCAAUAUCUGAAGGAAAUAAUGUUUCUAUCCCCCCAGAAAUAACACGUCUCUAUAGUCACAAAUACACCCUUGCAAUCAGUGUUCCAUUCUCAUCAAUGCAAAGAGAAAAUGUAUCAUAUCAGGUAAAAAAUAUCAUCACUACAGCAGGCCCUGUUAUCACUACCAAAACUAUAUAUCCUGCUACUUCAGGAACAGGACAACAACAAACUAAACCUACCCAGGACACCACAAGACACUUACCAGUUGCUGAAACCACCAAACUAGACAGUAACAAGGAAGAAGGCAAGGUAGCAACCCCCCUGCCUUCACCUCAACGAUUACAAAUGGAAACAUCGUCUCCAACAAUGAAACAGACAACUUCUUCAGAGGAUGACCUUGCAUUUUCUACAGAAGCUGGCACAUCCGGUAAAAAACAAAACGAAAUGUGAGAAGAAAACUUGGAGACUGAACCUCAAUCCAACUUCAGCGGACUUCACCUACUAUCAAUCUACUGCCUCUUUUGCUCUCAGCAAUCAGUUGCCACUAGCUACCCUAAACGUUUGUAUUAUGUAACAAUUAUGUUUGCGACUUAGACUUCAUAUCUAUCAGCCAUGUACAAAACAACUUGAACGGCGCAGCUUAGCGCGCCUACCUUUCUAGUAGGAAUUGAAUUCUAAUUAUUCUAUCUACACCGGUGACUCA